UUCAAUCACUUUUCAAGUUGUCACUGCUGCGUGUGACACUAACCAAUUCCCUAACCCAAAUCCACAACAACAUUUGCAACCUACAGAAUCUCCUUAUUAGGAUAUUUUUAUAAUUGCCCUUAUUCCUAUUUGAAGCUAACUGAUUUCUGAAAAUGGCCGGAAACAGCGGGAAGGGCACCUUUCAACCGGACUCAGAUAUUCACAUUUCGUACGAGGACCAGCAGAAAAUCAACGUAUUUGCAAGACUGAACGCUAAAUUGGUGGACAUCAGUGAUACCAUUAAAGUUAAAGAGAACGACUUGAAGAGUCUGGAAGAUGCCUGUGAUGAAAUCGCCCUUUUUGACGACGAUGAGCAGAUCCCUUAUUUAAUUGGGGAAUUUUUUAUUUAUCAAAACUUGGACACAACACAGAAAUGCCUCGAAGAAGCUAAAGAACUGAUCAUUAAAGAAAUGAAGGAAAUCAGCAGCAAGGUGGAUGAGAUCAAAGACCAAAUGACCGAGUUAAAGGGACACUUGUACGGAAAAUUCGGUAGUCACAUCAACCUGGAAGCUGAUGAAUAAACUAGCACGUUUUAACGGUUUGAAAUAAGCUUGUUACAAUUUUCUGAACAAUUAAAAUUGCCGAAGAAAA